AAGAGUUGAAGAGUCCGACUUGAGCCGAACAAGACUCUUGGGGAGGCUGAUCCAGCCCACACAAAGGAAGCCGAACAACCAAACAACAAAGCAGCUCUCGCACACGCUCCGUGGACAACCCGACGGUAAAAGAGACAUGCGAAGAUCUUUGGCUGGCUUGAAGUAAAGUCGGAAACCUGGAAAGAUGGCGCGCACGCAGGCUCGCCUGUUCCUCGCCUUGGCUUUGCUUGGAAUUUUCUUCCUCCACGUCUCCGUGGAAGGAGCGCAACAGGAGGUGGAGGAGGAGGUGGUGGAGGAGGAGGAGAAGAUGUCCUGUCAGGGAGCGUUUGACCUCUACUUUGUUGUGGACAAAUCGGGGAGCGUCAAGCAUCACUGGAACGAGAUUUACAACUUUGUAAAACAAGUGGCACAAAAAUUUAUUAGCCCCAUGCUGAGAAUGUCCUUUAUAGUUUUCUCCACACAAGGAAAAAUCAUCAUGAAGCUGACUGAGAACAGGGAGGCCAUAACUGAAGGCUUAAAGGCUCUAUACGAUGUCAAACCUGGAGGAGACACAUAUAUGAACUUAGGCCUGGAGAUGGCUAACACACAGAUAUAUCAAGAGAACCACGGAACUGCCAGUGUUAUCAUCGCCCUGACUGAUGGAGAACUGAAUGAGUGGCAGUUUGACACUGCGCAGCGAGAGGCACAAAGGGCCAGGUCUCUGGGAGCCACCGUUUAUUGUGUGGGGGUUAAAGAUUUUAACCAGACCCAGCUUGCAACUAUCGCAGACACCAUGGAACAUGUGUUUCCUGUAGUGGGAGGCUUCCAAGCCCUCAGGGGAAUCAUCGACUCGAUCAUCAAGAAGUCUUGCAUCGAGAUUUUGGCGGCGGAGCCAUCCAGCGUGUGUGCGGGAGAGAGUUUCCAGGUGGUCGUUAGAGGCAACGGGUUUCUCCACGCAAGAAACAUCAACCAGGUCCUCUGCAGCUUCAAACUGAACGACACGGUGACCGUGGAUGAAAGACCAGCUGGAAUAGAAGAUACCUUCCUGCUUUGCCCGGCUCCUGUCGUAGAAGAAGUGGGAAGGGUGAUCUACCUGCAGGUGAGCAUGAACGAGGGGCUCUCCUACAUCACCAGCUCCGUUCACAUCACCACAACGGAGUGUUUUGACGGCACCAUCGUGCUAAUUUCAUUACUGGUUGUGUUCCUGCUCUUGGCUCUGCUGCUGAUGUGGUGGUUCUGGCCUCUGUGCUGUACUGUGGUGAUCAAAGAACCUCRACCACCUCCACCUCCAGAGCCUGAUUCAGAUGAGGAUGAUGGGAUGCCCAAGAAGAGGUGGCCCACAGUGGAUGCUUCAUAUUACGGAGGAAGAGGAGUGGGUGGCAUCAAACGCAUGGAGGUGCGAUGGGGGGAGAAAGGGUCGACCGAGGAAGGCGCUAAACUGGACAAACCUAAAAACGCAGUUGUGAAGAUGCCGGAGCAGGAGUUUGAACCUUACGAGCCCAAGCCUCGGAAACCUCCCCGCCGUCCUCCUCAGCAGAAGAAGUGGUACUCCCCCAUUCAGGGGAAACUCGAUGCUCUGUGGGCUCUGUUCAGACGAGGUUACGACCAGGUAUCUUUAAUGAGACCGCAGCCUGGAGAUCAGGGUCGCUGUAUUCGUUUUCAGCGGGUCAAAGAGGAGUCCUCGAAUUUUCAGGCGACCCCCCUGAGGCCUCACUCCACCUCGGCUCCCACGCCUCCUCAGUCAGACGAGGAGGGACCUCUAGUGUCCAACUCGGUCCCCCGUACGAAGCCUCCGUCGAGAGGGCCGCGCACCGUGACGCCCCCCGUCACCACGCCUCCCUCCCGCGCGCCCCCUCCCAUGGCCCGACCUCUGCCGGGCCCACCCCCAGCUCGUGCGCCACCGGGCCUUCUGGUCCCCCCACCAUCUCGACCCCCGCCAAGGCUGUAAGAGAAUAAAUCCAAAACAGGGAUGUUAUACCAUUAAAAUAAUAAUAGUAAUAAAAAAUACCCCCAUUUCAAGGCCAAACACCAAAGAUGAAAGUCUUCCAGGUCAGAGGUGUUGAGCUCUGUGCCUUGUUGCUGGACAGCAAAACGUAUCKGAUGUCAAAAUCAGCUACUGAGUUUCAUCAAGGACUAAACCGAUACACAAAAAAACAGGUAUGAGGAACAGAAAAAAAAAAGUAUUUAAUCAGGCCUUGUAUGUACAGCUGAGGCCUGUUGACUAAGAUGGUAAGUGUAAGUGCAAUCCUUCAUUGUUGUUGUGGGUUAGUUUGACAGUUGAUAUCUGAAUGAUGAAAUCAAAAAGUAAAACAGACUUUGUGGAUCUGCAUGCAGUAAUCUUAGAGCGAGGAGGUGUAAUGAAAUACAGCAUGUGGACAAAAUAUUAGUGAUGUCAGUUAUGUUGGCUUUGUCUUGUAAUUACACAGCCAGUCUGAGUGUCGACAAUUCAUUUGUAAUUAUACCUUUUCAACAAAUAAAAUGUUUUUGUCUACAACUUAUAGUUAAAAUUUAGUGUAAGAGUUCAGCGAUCCUAUUGCAACUGCAGGGCAGUUUUUUUUUAAGUUUUUAUUUAUUGUAAUAUACUCCGUUUUCUGCUUAGAAUCUGGUGGCUUUGUCGUUUUUUUUAAUCAGUGGGGCUGAAUCAGAGCAGGGUUUAGGAAGCAUUUUGGUGGAGGAUGUAAACGGUAAAAACUACAUUGAAAAUUAGCAUCUUCAGGGUUUGGUUUUCUGUAUUUUUUUGACAUGAAAUGAUCAUUGGCAUUAUUUCGUUAACAAUUUUGAUUUCAAUAAAGAAUUUUUUUUUUUUUUUUACAUA